AUGGGCGGUGGGACGGCGGCAACACACAAGACGGUUCGGAUGAUGAUUGCUGCCGGGCACGCGAUUGGUAGCACACAGCUACCGGAAUCGAGCACCGGCAAGAAUGCUAUUCAGUCUUCAGACCACGCUUUGCUGGGAGGAAGUCGGACUGCUUGCAACUCUAGCCGAGUCUACUCCCGUGGAUGUUGUCCGAUGGUCUCUAUUACUACUCUCGAUUACCGUGCCUUUCAGGCAUCACUAUGUCAACGCCAGGGGCAGCGAAGCUGCCAGGAGCACGGAUGUACAACACGGCCAUCGUACGGCAAAGUCCACAGCAAGAAGGCGGAGUUCUGCUCCCAGCACAGGGACCGAGGAAUGAUCGAUGUGCGUAGAAAGAAGUGCGCCCACCCGGGGUGCACAACGAGGCCGAAUUACGGCGAAGCCGGCAGCAAGAAUGACGAGUUCUGCGCUCGGCACGCGCAACCGGGCAUGGUUCAUGUUCGUAGUACGAAGUGCGGCCUUCCAGGGUGCACAACCCGGGCGACCUAUGGCAAAGACGGUGGCAAGAAGCCCGAGUUCUGCGCCCAACACGCGCAGCACGGCAUGGUUGAUGUCGUGAGCAAGAGGUGCGGUCACCCAGGGUGCACAAAGGGGCCGUCAUAUGGCAAAGUCGACAGCAAGAAACCGGAAUACUGCUCUCAGCACGCGCAGCAGGACAUGGUCGAUGUUCGUCGGAAGAGGUGCGAUCAUGCAGGUUGCACGAAGAAACCGUCAUAUGGUAGAGACGGCAGCAAGAAGGCGAGGUUCUGCUCUCAGCACGCGCAACAGGGCAUGGUCGAUGUGGUACGGAAGAAAUGCGGCCAUCCAGGUUGCAUGAAGGUGCCUGUAUUCGGCGAAGACGGCAGCAAGAAUGCGGAGUUGUGCUGUCAGCAUGCGCUACAGGGCAUGGUUGACGUGGUCAACAGGAGAUGCCGCCAUCCCGGGUGCUUGAAGCGCCCGUCAUACGGAAACGCCGGCAGCAAGAAGGUGGAGUUCUGCUCUCAGCACGCGCAGCAGGACAUGGUCAAUGUUCGUAGUAAGAGGUGCGGCCACCCAGGGUGCAUGAAGAAAUCGUCGUAUGGUAGAGACGGCAGCAAAAACGCGGAGUACUGCUCUCAGCACGCGCAGCAGGGUAUGGUCGACGUUUCUAGUAAGAGGUGCGGCCAUCCCGGGUGCUUGAAGCAGCCGUCAUACGGAAACGCCGGCAGCAAGAAGGUGGAGUUCUGCUCUGAGCACGCGCAGCAGGACAUGGUCGAUGUUCGUAGUAAGAGGUGCGGCCACCCAGGGUGCAUGAAGAAGCCGUCGUAUGGUAGAGCCGGCAGCAAGAACGCGCAGUACUGCUCUCAGCACGCGCAGCAGGGUAUGGUUGACGUGGUCAACAGGAGAUGCCGCCAUCCCGGGUGCUUGAAGCAGCCGUCAUACGGAAACGCCGGCAGCAAGAAGGUGGAGUUCUGCUCUGAGCACGCGCAGCAGGACAUGGUCAAUGUUCGUAGUAAGAGGUGCGGCCACCCAGGGUGCAUGAAGAAGCCGUCGUAUGGUAGAGCCGGCAGCAAGAACGCGGAGUGCUGCUCUCAGCACGCGCAGGAGGGUAUGGUCGACGUUUCUAGUAAGAGGUGCGGUCAUCCCGGGUGCUUGAAGCAGCCGUCAUACGGAAACGCCGGCAGCAAGAAGGUGGAGUUCUGCUCUGAGCACGCGCAGCAGGACAUGGUCGAUGUUCGUAGUAAGAGGUGCGAUCAUCCAGGUUGCACGAAGAAACCGUCAUAUGGUAGAGACGGCAGCAAGAAGCCGGAGUACUGUUCUCAGCACGCGCAGCAGGACAUGGUCGAUGUUCGUAGUAAGAGGUGCGGUCACCCGGGGUGA